AAUAAAUAUACCCACGAGAACGAGUAAGGACUUCAGGACGACGUACCAAGUAAAAACGGUCUCGGAGAUAAGCAGGAUAGGCUGGGUUGAAGAGGGUGUUAUAGAGGAUACAUAAUAUGCGAGUAUUCCUGUGAAGACGGAUAGGGAGCCACUUGAGCCUGUUACGGAAUUCAGAAAUAUGAUCGAACUUCCUAAGACCAAAGACAAAACGGAUACAUACAUUUUGUAAACGCUCAAGUUUAUUUAAUAGCUCCUCUGUGGCGUCCAAACAGCAAGCAUCUGCAUAGUCAAUGAGAGGCAAGAUCAGCGCCUGGACGAAGUGAAUCUUAGUCUUCACCGGCAGCAGGGUCUGGAGGUACCUCAGCGAGUGAAUGGAAAAAUGAACUUUCCGACUAACCUCGUUCACCUAAACAGCCCACGACAGGUUCGAGUCGAUAUGUACCCCCAAGUUUUUCGCAGUAUCAGUGAAUGGAAUGUGUGUGCCAUUCAAACAUAACGGACCAAGGCUAGAGACGUCGAGAGCGUUUCGAUAAUAUCUGCUACCGAUGAUCAUGGCCUGAGACUUGAGAGGAUUGAUUUGCAGGCCAAAAGACCUAGCCUACUCGGCAAUGCCAUCCAAAUCACGAUUCAUGACAUCGAUAGCAGAAUGGCGUCCGCAUAUAGAUGGAAAUUAGAUGAAAUGACCCUGGCAACGGUAUUAAUAAAGAUGGAGAAAAGAACGGUAUUAAGAAAAGAAAGUUAUAUGGAUUUAAAACAAAAUCUAAUUCAUUUACCAAUCCACCUUUUUAGACCUUAUCUAAUAAUUGUUAAAAUCUAAGUUCAGAUGAUGCUUUAUAUUGAAAUCAAUAUUCAUGGAAAUACUUUGAUUCAUUUAAAUAAAAUAAAUGUUGUGCACAUAGAAGUAGGCUUCUAUGAACCUCUUUUUUCUAAUGCAGAAGUGAAUUGACUAAAGAUAUAAAAAUGCGAAUUUAUAGACAUUAAUAAAAUCCACAACACUAAAAUUCAAGAUGUUACAUGUACUUAUUAUCUAGGGAAGAUCGUAUUACAUAUCUAAAUAACAGUCAAUAAUAAUACACUGCUUUUUUAUACAUCUCAUUUAUUACUUGUUAAAAAAUAUUUGCCGGUAGAUUCUCUAUUUAAGUUUCAUAGCGCACAGCGUGAAUAAAUAAUAUACUUUAUAAUUAGAACAUCUAAAACGAACUCGGGUCGUAAAACAAACGUACGGUACCUAUGUUAAUAAGUUCGAAACAAAUAUUGUCAACCUGGAAGGAAGUGGAAAGCAACUACACAAACGCGAAUAGUUGUGGCAACCUUGACACUAUCGAGCAACCGUGUAUUUCCUAACCACCGCUUCUAUUUAGUAUAUAAAAUCAUUGAAACAGAUGAAUCAAUAUCAUUCAGCAACAGUUUGUUUAACCAACCAUGAGGGGAAGCCUGCUUGUGGCAUUUGGCCUGUUGGCCAUAGCUGCCGUCAUCUCCGCCAGAGACAUUAGAGAGAAAAGGGACGCCGACUUGGAAGCCGCUGCAUCGCAUGGUCAUCACUGGGAUAAGGGUGGCGGCCACGAACACCACGGGCACCAUCACCAUGACCAUGGUGGUAAACACCAUAAAGGACACAAGGGUCACCAUGAGCACCACCACGGCAAGCACGGACACAGCCACCAUGAGGGACACAAGGGUCACCAUGGAGAGCAUGGCGGACACAAGAAACACCACCAUCAUGAUGAGGGCUACCAUGGCCACCACCACCACGGAGAGAAGGGCGAGCACGGUCACGGACACGAAGAGCACGGCCACUGGCACAAGGGACACGACACCAAAGGACACCACGGUGUUGAGAAACAUGACGAGUUCAAGAAGGACAAGCACUUCCAUGACCAUCAUGGCGAGAAAGGCUACAAAGAGCACCACGGUGGCCAUCACCACGAGGGCGGUUACAAGAAGGGCGGUCACUUCCACAAGGGUCACAAGCACGGCGGACACCACGAGCAUGAUCAUGGCAAAAAGGGCCACCAUGAAGAAGGCGGUCACCACCACCACCACAAGGGACACCACGGCGAGGGCGGCCACCACGAGCACUGGCAUGGCCACCACGACCACGGCAAGAAAGGAGGCCACGAGCACCACAAGCACUGGGGACACAAGAAGGGCCACUAAUCUGUUGCUCAAUGUACCUGGACUGAUAUUUGUUGAUGUUAUGUUAUAUAUGAGUAUUUUUGUUAUGUUCUUACACCAAAGAAUAAAAUUUUGUAUAAAGUA